CUUCGAGACCGACGGUUCGUCGCCGUUCUCCAUCUCGCCGGAGAGAAGGAGGGGAGUCCACCUGUGUCGGAGUGUUUAUCCUCUACCUUGCGCACGAGCAUCAGCUCCGAGAUACGUCCCAUUCAGCGAGGUUUCGAGGUGCGCGCAUCUCGUUACGGUGCGAACUUGCGAAUCGUGGAGGGUGGACCGAGGGGGGUGCUUACCUUCGUAGCGGUGCAUUCGGAUCGCUCUUUCUUUUUCCCCUCUGUACCUACGAGUGCGAGUUAUUAUUAUGCGUCACUACUGAGUUUGAGGAAUCUCCAAGAAACGCUGAACUCCAGAGGCAGAAUUUAAGCAUCGUGAUUACCCGUUUCCAAUCAAAACAAUGAACGGACCAGUUUAUGCGUCAUCUUGUCCCGCAUUGCAGUCGAAUCUGUCGCUACACAGCUCAUCCUAUUACAGCGAAUAUAGCGGCACCACGCGAAGACGACUAUCCUCGACGGGCGAGGCGGAUACUUCCGCAACGUCAAGUUACGAAGGUAGUGACAGCUCCGAGAACAGCGAUGAGUCUCGUCUCGAUCCAGUUAGCCAGGUGGAACGAGAACAGCUCGAGACUUUCUUUCGAGGAUUAAAAUCACAGGUAUUCGUCUGUGAAUCACUGGCGAAUCUAUAUCUCGGUAGCGCCUCUCAGACAGAGAGGUGGGAGCUUCGUUUCACUGGAAUUCCCGUGGUAGUUCUCGAUCUUGGGGAGACACGAUCAAGAUCCAAGAGACGAAUUCAAAUCUUAUUGGCAGAACGCGGUACUUGCUUCACUCUCUGGCGUGAAACUAUCGACAACCUCUCAUCGUACAAGGUGUCGGGGCCAGCCUUCCACACGAUGUGUCUCUCGUCGGAUCACACUCGCUUAGCUGGGCUCAGUUUCGAUAACUCAAAGGCGGCGAACGAUCUGUGGCAACACAUAGAGCGUCUCGUGUCCUGCCCAGAGAACAUCAGCCUAUCGGCUCCGGGUAAGAAGAAGAAGAAACCAGUGCAGAAGAAGGUAGUGCUGCCGGCCAAGAGCAACAUCAGUCAACCGUGCCAGUUCCAGCAUGUGACUAGCGUGGACGCAGCCGAUCGUUCGCGUUACUUCUCGCUGCAGACGCUGGUACCAGCACUGAGUGAGCUGGAGAGCUCGCUGGAAGCGAACUUCUGAGACAAGCCUGACGCCUCCAAACUCUCAUAGGGUCGACGGAGCGCGACGCCUGACCCCCGCCUUCUUCUUCGGAAGUAAUCGCACCGACGAAGAAGGAUCCGGUUAAUGUCGCGUGCGAGAGAACAGAUAAAAUCUAUAAAGACACUCGCACACAGGCGUCUCGGAUCGCGAAUUUUGAGAGCUGUCGAAGGGAGGCGAAUAAUGGAAAGCGACAUCGCGGAUUCCAUCGAAAAUUCUUUUAUCUUCUUGCUCUUCCUCCGAAGUAGUUAUAGAAGGUCUAAGACCCAAGACGGGGAGGAGAUAUAUCGACGAAGCUUUAACGACAAAAAGAGAAGGCGGAUACUUUUCUCGAAGAGCCCUUGCGGCUCUUGUAGUUUUACUUGAAUUCAUCUUUAUCUUCUCUCGUGUCUCUCCCGAUAUAAUCAGCCAACUAGUUAGUAAGAAUUAAGUCGCGCUGAAUUUCGAUUCCGCGUUAUCCUUGUUCUCGCGCAUCGACCGGAUCAAUUUCCCGAUAUAUGAGGAACCAAGAAAUCGAACUCGAAGGAUCUCGGAGAGACAAAGAAGCGCGAGCAAUUUGUGACGCGACAAGAGGAAGGAGAUUCGUGUCUUCUCCGAAGACUAAUCCGUUAGUGUCACGCGCGCAAACUGCGAGAUUGUCCGCAGACCAAGGCGGAACAUUCAUCAAUCCUUCUAAGUACUCUUGAAAGUGACUGCGAUUGAUGUUCGCCCAGCUGCGAAUUCUGACUGCAGCUUCGGGCGAAACAGAAAGUAUCCUCGAGGCUUUCUGGUGAGACUCUACAGUCUCAUCCCACUCUCUUUCUUUUCGAAGAGUCCUUCAAGUUGUAACUAUCGAUGUCGUGAGAUUUAUUAUAGACGCAAAGAAAGUCUUUAUCGAACGUUACGGCGAUAAAUGAUCUAUUCGUGAUAAACGUUCUCGCACCCGGAGAACACUUUUGAUUAGAUUAUUUCAUUAUUAUUAAUAC